GUAAAAAGAAAAAAAAAAAAAAAACCAAGCAAACAACACUUUCUCUUCGAUCCCUUUCAAGCUCCCCAAGCCUCUCCACAACGAGGCUCGAGUACUCCUAGAGAGAGAGAGAGAGAGAGAACAAAAAGAGAUCUGUGGCUCCAAUCCAGAAAAAUUCUUGCUUCUCUUCGACGAAUACAUUGGAAUCGCAUUAAUGGAUUUUGUAUAUGAAGCUGAUAUUUGGAUUCAUGGAAACCCAUUUUGGGGUUUUUGAUCUUGGGGUUGUGAAUGGGGAGAAGAGAAUUCAGUAGAAUUUAGAAUUGGAGUUAUCUGGUUGGGAGGUUGGAAUAAGAUUCUUUGUCGCGGACUGUCAUAGGCGAGGGGUGAGUGCGGGAGAGAGGUGGAUAGCGGUUUCUGCGUAAAAAUGGGGGAUGCCGCUGGCUUAGCAGAGGCUGCAGGAUCAAGAUUUAGCUCAUUGGAGCUAAUUGGGAGAGGAUCAUUUGGUGAUGUCUACAAAGGGUUCGACAAGGAGCUAAACAAAGAAGUUGCAAUCAAAGUAAUUGAUUUGGAAGAAUCAGAGGACGAGAUUGAGGACAUUCAGAAGGAAAUUUCUGUGUUGUCACAAUGUCGCUCUCCUUAUAUUACAGAGUACUAUGGUUCCUAUCUCAACCAGACGAAAUUAUGGAUUAUAAUGGAAUACAUGGCUGGUGGUUCUGUUGCUGACCUAGUUCAGUCUGGUCCACCAUUGGAUGAAACGUCAAUUGCAUGUAUUCUUCGGGACUUGCUGCACGCAAUUGAAUAUCUACAUAACGAAGGGAAAAUUCACCGAGAUAUUAAAGCUGCAAACAUUUUAUUGACUGAAAACGGUGAUGUCAAGGUUGCAGAUUUUGGUGUUUCUGCACAACUAACAAGGACAAUAUCAAGGCGGAAGACGUUUGUAGGAACACCCUUCUGGAUGGCACCAGAGGUAAUUCAGAAUUCAGACGGAUACAAUGAGAAGGCAGAUAUCUGGUCUUUGGGUAUCACUGCUAUAGAAAUGGCAAAAGGGGAGCCUCCACUUGCUGAUCUUCAUCCAAUGCGGGUUCUUUUCAUUAUACCUCGAGAAAAUCCUCCUCAGUUGGAUGAACAUUUUUCUCGUCCUAUGAAAGAGUUUGUUUCGCUUUGCUUAAAGAAGGUACCUGCUGAGCGACCUAGCGCCAAGGAACUUUUGAAGCACCGUUUUAUUAGGAGUGCGAGGAAGAGUCCAAGGCUUCUAGAGAGAAUAAGAGAGCGUCCAAAGUAUCAAAUAAAGGAAGAUACAGAUACCUAUGGUCUUAAAGAUGUAGGGGAGACAUCUGACACCGUGAAGGUUAACAGAAAUUUAAUAGAUGAAACUGUUCGAGCUAGUAAUCAGGGUAAAACCUUGAAAAAUGCGGGAUGGGAUUUCAGUAUUAGUGGUUCACAAAGUACGGGUACAGUAAGAAGUGCUGUAAAACCACCUCAAUUCAGAGAAAGAAAGCUAGAAGUUCUAUAUAACCAGGCGUCCCCUGGUAGACUUGCAGAGAGUGCAAACCGAGGCUCGUCAGUAUCUAGAAAUGCACCUGAAGAUUCUUUUGGGAAAGAUGCUAGAGAUCAGGAAACCAAUUAUGAAGAUGAAGAAAUGUCUGUCAGUGGGUCGGGAACUGUUGUCAUACGAACUCCGAAAGGGUCUCAGUCAUCUGCACAGUUUCAUGAUCAAACCUCUUUGUCGAGCAGCACAUAUGCUUCUUUUGAAGAUGCUUCUCCAAGUGGAACUGUUGUAUUCCGCGGUCAGCAUGAUGAUUCUGACUCUCCAAGAACCCCUAAAUCCAGGCUAGGAAUUCAAGAGAGAACGUCAAAUGCCUCACUUGAAGACAGUGCCACAAACCUUGCAGAGGCAAAGGCUGCAAUGCAAGGAGGAUAUAAGAAAGGAAAUGCCAGAGAAAGGUCUGCCUUGAGCAAAUUCAGCAAUGACGCGGUAGAAAACAGAAGGGAUCAAAUGACAAAUAGCUCUGAUUCUUCUAGAAGUUCCCCUGGUUAUUUUGAUCCACCAAAAGCAAUUCCAAGAACAAGGGAAGGUAUAGAUGAGGAAGAAAACGCAAAAGUAGUAUCAUCAUCUGUGCCAUUAUCAGUUUUGCUGAUCCCUUCUUUGAAAGAGGCCAUUGCUGAUGAUCCAGAAGGGCCCGUUGUGAGUGCAGUUGCAAAUUCUCUCAUCACUAUGGAGCGAUUGAAGCCGGGAUCUUGUGAAGUUCUCAUCAGCAGGUUGCUUCAUCGAUUAUCAAGUUCAAAGGAAUCCUCAUUGAAAGAUUUGCAUGAGCUAGCCGCUUAUCUCUUCACGAAGGGCAAAACAGCUUCUGAAGAAACACAAAACGCGAAUGCAGAAGCCGAGAACAAGAAAAAGCAGCCGAAUAAGGAAUUUCAGUCAAAUGCCAAUUUGAGUUCACUUGCGAGAUUUUUGCUAUCGAGAUGGCAAGGCCAAGCUUCAAGAGAUCUCAACCCAGCUUAGAAGCACUCCAAGAGUGUCUACCUCUUUGAUUGUAGCGUGAUUCUCGUUUGUGCAUUAUUUUUCUUCUGAUUCAAUGUACAUAACAUUGUAAGAAGUUGUGUAGUUAUU